AUGAUGAAGCUUAAGGCUGAGUACUAACAGAGUGUAAACCAUAUUUAAGGGUAAGUCUAAAUAGGUGAACUAGACCUUGACUAAAGGGAUACCAGCAGCAAGACAGAAUAAAUCGUUUCCCAAAAGUCACCACAACACAACUAAACUAACUCACAGAAUAACAAAUUCAAAUGUUGGCUCAAUAUAAAAGGCACCAGUUAUUUGGCAAAAGAAAACUAACCACUUAUUAUCUAUCUAGAAGAGGCAAGUUUCCUCAAUAUACUUUUUUGUUCAAAAAGAAGGUUAAACAUAAGAGGUGUUGCAAUUGGAAUACACUCAUACUUUGAUUUCACUUAUAUUUCAGAUAGGUUAAUUCCCAAAAAUCCUACAGAUUAUGACUAUAUUGCUAUAAAUUGUAGAAACCAAUGCUUGGAUUUGAUCAUUUGA